UAACAUGACAGGUGGUGUCAUUUAUACCUGGACCCGUCAAAAAAAAAUUAAAUAAACCAAAAAUCCUUUGUGCAAAUAACUAGAAAAUGGCCGAAGAAGAUGCUGCUGUAGAAACUGAACCCAAUCAAACCGCCGAUAAAGAAACCACUUUUACCAUAACAAAAGUGCACGUGCGUCCUGGAAAACCGUUCAGAAUGGAAGCUCCUACUGAUCCAUUGUGGUCCAACUGUCUCACCACUUUACCCACCAUACCAGAGAAGCCCGGAAAGUACAAACCGAUGCCUUACACCUUCAGGUUACCGCCAGCACCGAAGCCUACCCACAUCAAAAAUGUGGUGGCAAAGAGUCCACCCUUCCACUUACUACUGGAUCACACUAUUGCGGUAAUCUGGAUGCUGUUCUCUCCAGAAGAGUUUGAUUCACCUUUAGGGAUCGUACAGCUCCAGUGGGCCUUGGCAUUUCUGAAAACCAUCUAUCUACGUACCGGCGAGAGACCUAAAGAUGUGGACAUUUGCAUUGAUAACUUGGAAGAACUGUUGAUCGAAGAGUACGCAAAAAUGAACGAGGAACUUGAGAAAAUGAAGAAAAUCAAUGAUACCUCGCAUUAUGCCGACGGCGCCUUCGGGUCCACCACAGUGGUAACCCAAAAGUUUCCGUUUUCUUUCAAUUACAUGGACCUGGUGCACAAGUUGGGCGAGGUGGCGGUCCACGAUCAACCAUCCAUAACCUCACAAGAAGCCCAAGAAGAAUUGGAGAAUAUUAAGAAGGCUGCCGGGGUGGAAUCCAUAGAAAAACUGGAUUCUGUAUCCAAAGAUAAGGCGAUUAAUGUGCUGAAGAUGUGGUAUAACGAACAAACCGGGAAAAUUAAGGAGGAAAUGAAGAAACUGAGGGCUAUUCAAGAUCAAAUUAAGAACGUCAACGAUGGGACCUUUCAGUAUUUGGAUGCGACGCAGAUGGAGCUGCUGUUUUCUGGUGAUGAUUAGGGAUUAGGAUGGGGUUGAUUUAGGUGAAAUUAUUGAAUAUAUUUCAAAAAGUUGUUUAAAUUUUUUUUAAAUUGACCAAGUUCAGGUGAGGUUUUCUCUCUUUCUUAACUGCCUGAAAGAAAUAGAACAUGACAACAACGUAA